AUGGGGUUGAACUGUCAUACCUUUUGCGUAUGUGCAUUGAUGCUGCAAUUUUCUGUGUACUGUAUUUCGAAAUCAGGGGGACUGUUUAACCCACAUGCAUACACUCACAAUGUUGAGGAUUUAGAAAAGGAGCAUUUAACAAAUUCCCUGGGAAUGACAUAUGAUAUUAUUAGUGGGAAUCCUGUGGGAGACCCUUUAUACACAGUAGAUUUGGGAUACAGAAGAUAUGUCCUGAAGGAUAGUUUGAGGACAAACAAAGAUGAACAUACUGAUGAAAAUGUUAAUCACUCAGAAAAAAUAGAUGAAAAGGAUAAUCAGAAUAGUGUGUCUUAUUCAGCAUACAAACGGGCAGGUAUAAAAUGCUCGAAUCAUCACGAAACAAAAAUAAUUAAUGGAUUGGACGAUAUUAACGAGGAAUAUAAAAGUUAUGAAUUCCCAUCUCAGUAUGACAUUCACCCUUUUAAUGCUUCUAAUUAUUACAAAAUGCUAGUUCGAAGAAUUAAUAGAGGAGAAUCAAUACUUGUACAGAAAGAUAUUUGUUCAAAAUAUUUUGUCUAUUUAGACGAAGUAAAGGAAAAUAUGUUAGAUUCGUUUUUUCUAAACAUGUUAAGAGAACUUGGAGAGAAUUACCAAAGCAUUGGAGGAGAUAAAUAUAAAUGUGACUUGCAAUUUUACAGAAAUAAUAAGUAUAACGAAAAUUGCUUAAAAACGGUAACACCUUGGAUGACUUUUUUCUAUUUGUAUGGAACCCAUUUGAUAUCAGGUGUUUACUACGGUGGUAAGGUAGUGAAUAAUUUGUACAUAGAAAAUGAUGACAUAAAAAGUGGUGACAUAAAAAGUGGUGACAUAAAAAGUGGUGACAUAAAAAGUGGUGGCAUAAAAAGUGGUGACAUAAAAAGUGGUGACAUAAAAAGUGGUGGCAUAAAAAGUGGUGACAUAAAAAGUGGCAGACAAAAAAUUAGAUUGUAUAAGAAAAGGAUGGAUCCAUUUAAUAGUACUAACAAUAAUACCAAGAAUGGUGGUAGUUUAUAUUUCGGUUCGGUUAUAACAAAUGAAAAAAUCAUACACAUAGCGGAAAGGAAUCUUAUGAUAGACGGAGGAGGUGAAGAGGAUGACAAUUAUGGAAAAAAAAACACGAUAAAGAAUUCUUAUAAAAAAUGGAAAAAUUCCAUUAGUGGUAAAUUUGCAAAACCCGUAAAAUUAAUUUUGGUACCCUUUGCCGAUUUUAUAAAAUCAAAUGAUGGGAAAAAUGCAUAUUACAAGGCCUUGGAAUUUUAUUCAAAUUUAACUUAUUCUAAUUAUAACCCAUACCCCUUUCAGUUAAACAAAACUGAAGAGGAUAUGUACAAGAUGCAUAUAAAAAAAUGGAAUCAAUACAUUGAUAAAAAUGUAAAUUUCAAUAUAUUUCCAAAGUGUAAAAAGGGGGAAAAAAUUCUGAGCGGUUUUAUUAUUACAAAUAAAAAAAAACGUUACGACAAUUAUGAUAUGAUGCAUAUGUGUCCACUAUCAGAAGAAUGCUCUAGCGGCAUAAAUAUAGAAUCAGACAAAAGUUUUGAAUUCGGUUGGAUUUUAUGUAGUAGGGAAAAUGUGAACGAAAUACAUCAAAUAAAAAAGCUAGUUCAUGGAAGUAAAGGAGUUAUUACAUGUCCUACAGAGAUGAAAAUAGGUUUUGGUUUUUCCUUAACAAUGCAAAAAGGGAUUCAUGCUAAUAUGACUAUCGAACCCUGUAAAAGUAACGUAGAAUCAUGUGCCCUUGAUACCAAGACAAGUGAAAAUUCUGAAAGUUUUCUUUGGAUUAAUUGUCUUCCUAAUAAAAAAAAACUAUUAUUACAAAGUCUAGAAUCGAAAACUUUUAGUGAAAAAAUGUAUCUAAAUGAUAAUACUUUGGUUAGUUUAAAAUGCUCAAAGGGCAAUUUCAUUAUUGCAGGAUUUGCUGUAGAUUACACUUCAUCCAAUAUGGAGGAUUAUUUAAUAUGCCCUUUGGGAAGUUCCACAUGUGAUUUGAAAAUUCGUGUUAAUGAGUUAAAAAAUCAAGAAAUGCAUUUUCCCAUCAUUUACAUCGUUUGUUCAUCUCUCUAA